GCACCGUCUCGGCCGCCGUAGUUCGCCUCUGCAUCUGAGCGCCGCCCGUCAUGGCGGCCUGUCGGAAACCGGUUCUUCUGGGCCUUCGAGAUGCUGCUGUGCAGGGCCACCCGACGGGGCCGGGGGCCUGGACUGCAAGCAAGCUAGGUGGCGUUCCGGACUCCCUGCCGGCCGUGGCAGCGCCGAGGCCAGUGUGUGAAGUGUGCGGGCAGCCGCUUGCCCUGGUCGUGCAGGUGUACUGCCCGCUGGAAAGCUCCCCGUUUCAUCGGCUCCUGCACGUGUUCGCUUGCUCCCGCCCUGAGUGCCGUAGAGGCGGGGCGCGCAGUUGGAAGGUGUUCCGCUCCCAGUGCCUGCAGAAGCGAGAGGAAGAGCCACAGGACAUUCAGAAACAGGAAAACGGCCUCACAGCCGAGGAUUGGUGUGAAGGUGCAGAUGACUGGGGAAGUGACGGUGAGGGGGCGCCUUCGCCACAGCUUACCUGGGGUUUUGGAAGUGAUUCCAACAUUGCCAGAGACAAAGACUGGACCGCCCAGCUCCAAGACCUCUGCCUGCAGGACUCUGUCCCGGGUGCUGUGCCUCCUGCGCCUUCGGGGGAAGGGCUGGCCUUGCCUCCUGUGGUGCCGCAGUUCCUGCCCUACUACAUCUGUGUUGUAGAUGAGGACGAUUACAGGGACGUUGUCAGUCUAGAUCAUGCUCAGAGCCUUCUGAGGGAGUAUCAGCAGAGAGAAGGCGUGGAUGUGCAACAGUUGCUUUCCCAGAGUCUUUCUAGUGAUAGUGAUGAGAAAUAUGAGAAGACUGUAAUUAAAAGUGGAGAUAAGAUGUUUUACAAAUUCAUGAAGAGAAUUGCUGCUUGUCAGGAGCAGAUUUUGAGGUAUUCCUGGAGUGGAGAACCACUUUUUUUGACUUGUCCUACAUCAGAAGUCACUGAGAUCCCAGCCUGUAGCCACUGUGGUGUUCGAAGGAUAUUUGAGUUUCAGCUUAUGCCAGCGCUGGUCAGCAUGCUCAGAAGUGCUAAUUUAGGUCUUUCUGUGGAAUUUGGAACCAUUCUAAUUUACACAUGUGAGAAGAGUUGCUGGCCUCAAAACCAUCAGACUCCCAUGGAAGAAUUUUGUAUUAUACAAGAAGACCCAGAUGAGUUAUUAUUUAAGUAGUGCAUUUUCUUUUAUUUAUAUAAAUUAAAACAAAUUUUAAUGUUCAAA